CACAUCAUUACCCCAACAGCUAGAAACAAGAUAAGUGCCUUGCAGGGGCCCUUAACUGACUGCUGGGUUCGAUGGUUCAAAGAGAAAAAAGCACGUGAUAACUUUGAAGGAGGCUGCCUGGCUGAGCUGAUUGGAUCACCUAGAGACUGGAAAUGCUUUCUGGCAGUGCCUGAGCCUCUACUGGGUGUUCAACACUGGCUGCAUUUAUGGAGACCGCAGACAAAAGAUGGAAACAGCCUCCACCGGCAUGGGGAUCAGGCAUGGGGCAAACACAGGAGACAAAACAGUCUGAAGUCACCUGCCCUGUCUGGACAUUCCAUAGACUACCACUUUUACCCACGACUUUGAUGUGGCAUGCUCAUUGGACCAGAUAAGCAAGCAGUGGCAAGUGGAUUGGAGGUCUUGGUAACCAGUUCAACCAAAAUCCUGGGACAGCUGUUCCCUGAUGCAGCACACUUCCUAGAAGAAGCAAGUGAAUUUAAAGCGGAGUGAACUGUAGGGGAGUUCACGACCAAAUCUGUGAUGCUUUCCCCAGAUCUUUCUUCAGGGCCAACACAUCCAUUGCUCAGCUGUGAUAGACAGGAGUCAGGGGUGGCUCACCUCUCUCACUGGGAAUUGCCCUCAGCAGUAGGGAACUCAUUCAGGGUUAAGGCAUCUCCUUGAGGAGGCCCAUGUUCAAUUACUGGUUGACACAGGAAUAUGAAGGCCUGGCCCUCGUCUCAGCUUGGAAUAAAUCUGAAGGCCCAUCACAGCUUCAGAGAUGCUUGGAGAAGGCUGAGGUCUCCCCUGCAACCUUAUGAGAACCUUGAGUUGUUGAACUCAUUAAUUCUUUGGGACCAUCUUACUGAUAUUCAAGUUUGCGAAACAGGCUUUCCCUUUAAGAUUUGUUUUCCUCAAAAUACAAGACUAUUGAUGCUUCAGUUUUGAAGUGGAUUCUGCGCUCAA